ACCAAUCACGUACUAUACAUAUAUAUUCCCUUUCAUUUCCUUCUUUCCGCUUCACGGCCUUAGGGUUUUGUCUCAAUCAAAUACCGAAGCUUCAAAUUUAAGCGAAUCCCAAAAUCAAAUCCCAAGUUCUCUCAGCUUGUGGAGGAAGCAAAUUUUCCUUCAAGUUUGUUUUGUUAAUCUGCAAUGGGGGAUGAGGAAAACAAUUUUCAACCUUCAAAAAAGAGGGCUGCCGGGGUGCAAUUAUCUCGAGAUAACCCUGGUCUUGAUGAUGAUGGAACCUCUGAACCAGAGACAGGAAGUUUCAAAAAGGCUAGUGACGAGGUUCUGGCAAGUAGAAGAAUAGUUAAAGUUCGUCGCCAUCAAACAUCAACUCCAUCAGUCCCUACCUCUGCCCCAGCCCCUUCUUCUAAUCCUUUUGCUGCGAUACAUCUGGUUCCUCUUCCUGGUUCUGCUACUUCAGAAAAGGUUGAAGAGAGUGGUGUUGCGCGAAAGGAAAUUGAACAAAUUGAUAAGAAUGAUAACCAAUUCAAGAACAAGGUUGAUGAGCCAAAGGAUGAAUCUACUGUAGAGGAUGCCAAAACUGAUAUCAAGGACGAGAAUGCCAAGCAAUCUGAAAGUGAAGUUGAGGAAUCGAAAGCUGAAUUAAAUGCAGGGAAGGGGGGUGAAACUGAUGAUGUCAGUGAGCCAAAAAAAAGCAAUUCUGCUGAUGAGAAGGCAGAAGAAGGCGAGAAGUCUACUGUCAAAGCCAAGAAACCUACAGAAAACGUCGUCACCGAGAAGGAAGUAGGGAAAGAUGCAGAAGCCGAGAAAACAGAGGAAAAUGGUAGUGGUGAUAAAAAUAUCGGAAGGGGUGCAGAAAGUUCACCCUUCGGCUCAUUUCAGCAACUUUCUAGUAGCCAAAAUGCUUUCACUGGACUUACAGGGACGGGGUUUUCCAGUUCUACAUUCUCUUUUGGAUCAAUUCCUAAAGAUGGAUCUCCACCAGGUUCUGGUUCCAAUUUUGGGUUGAAGAAUGACCUGCUUUCUUUUGGCUUUGGUGCUUCUGGUAAUGGAAGUUCUUCCAUUUUUGGAACCUCGGGUCCAAAUAUAAACAACAGUGGGGGAAAUGCAUUCUCUUCUAUGCAGGAGGUCCCUGUUGAAACAGGAGAAGAGAAUGAGAAGGUUGUUUUCACAGCUGAUUCUGUGCUGUUUGAAUUUAUUGAUGAAGUUUGGAAGGAACGAGGGAAGGGGGAACUUAAGGUCAAUGUCUCCACAACAGGGAUAAGAAAAGCUAGAUUGAUUAUGAGAGCCAGAGGAAAUUAUCGGUUGAUUUUGAAUGCCGGUCUCUUCCCAGACAUGAAGCUGACUAAUAUGGACAAGAAAGGAAUAACUUUUGCCUGUGUGAAUACUGUCGGUGAAGGAAAAGACGGACUUUCUACUUUUGCUUUGAAAUUUAAGGAUGCCUCCAUAGUUGAAGAGUUUCGAGCUGCUGUCACAGAGCAUAGAGGUAACACUGUCGUUCCUCUGAAGACCCCUGAAAAUUCUCCCUAGUCAUCAGAUGAAUAAGAAUUGUUCGAUAUUGCUUCUGAUUAAAUUCUAUUUUCCGUUCAUAUAUCACUUCCAGUGCCUUAUCUUUUUUACUUUUCUUCCUGAAGAGGAAAACGAAAGCAAGAGAAAAUGUAUUGCUUGAGAGUCUGAUUAUGAGUGAGUUUCCAUGUACUAAUUACCAGUCCAAUAUCCAUUUUGUUGUUGUCUCUCUCCUGUAGACCUUGACAGAUUACUAUAACGUCUCUUUCUUUUAGCAAAUUCCGAAUUUCUGAAUCA